AUGGCUAAGGAUAUUCAGGCAUUAGCCAACCGCGGAGUUCGGAUUGAUCAUACAGUACAGGGCAGGUUACUUGCAGUUAUGGUGGCACAAUCGUCCUUAGUGGGGCAGGUCAAGGCUUGCCAAUCUGAAUAUCCCCGUCUUGCUAGUCUGCGAGAUCGAGUGCAAAAUGGGGGCGUUAAUUCAUUCUCUAUUGAUGGCGAAGGCGUGUUACGUUGUCAUGGUAUUCCUAUGGUGGGUAAUGUGAAGCAACUAAUUCUUGAAGAGGCUCAUAGCUCGCGAUACUCCAUCCACCCAGGUGCUACGAAGAUACUUGCUUUACUUCCGAGAUUGUCUGCUGUUCAUCCUGUAUUUCACGUGUCUAUGCUAAGACGAUAUGUUGGUGAUGAUAGCCAUAAGAUUCAGCCAGAGAAUUUGGAGCUCGCUGAGAAUUUGACUUAUGAGGAGGGUCCCAUAUCUAUUCUUGAUGGGCAAGUACGACAAUUGAGGUCGAAGAAGAUCCAAUUACCCGGACCAAAUAAAUCCACUGAUGAAGAAAUCUCUACGAUUCUCAAACAUAAGAACUGGAAAUUACUCUUAGAGUCAUCAACAAUCCCUCAAAAGCUUAACCCAGAUGUGGUUUACUCAGUUCUUGAUCGAAACAAAUUGGUUGUAAAUCCAAAACGACUGCUUGAUUUCUUUGAUUGGUCGAAUCAGCAAGUGCAGUUGACUCAAAACAUUGAUUCUUUCUCUAUUCUUGCUUUGGCUUUGUGCAAUUCGAACAAUUUUGGACCUGCCAACCAGGUGUUUAAUGAAAUGAUUCAGAGAAGAAGAUUUCCAGAUAUUUUAAGCUCGUUGGUUAAAUGUGCUAAGGAAUGUAAUGAGUUUAGAUCGAAGGGUGUUGUGUUUGAGUUGCCAAUUGAUGCUUAUAGGAAAAUUGGUAUGUUAAAUGAGGCUGUUUCUAUGUUCUUGGGUGUUAAAAAUGAAGGCUUUAACCUCAGUUUGUUAUAUUGUAAUACAUUGUUGAAUGAAUUGUUAAGUGGUAAUAAAAUGGAACUGUUUUGGGAGGUUUAUGAGGGGAUGCUGGAGAGUGAGAUGAUUCUUGAUGUUUACACGUAUACCAAUACGAUCAAUGCUUAUUGUUUACCCCGAAUUUGGAUAAUCAAUUAAUUUUGUUGGUGAGGUAUAGGAUAUGUGAUCUUAUCUUGAGUUUAUGUGUUGGAGAAAAGAAAUAUGUGACUAUGCUACAAGGAGCGAUUGAUGACCAAUGGUUUGCUCUAGACUCGCGUAUCAACUAGCAAAUAAGUGUUGUUUGAUUUAAGAAAUACAUGGAAUAGCAAAUAAGUGUUGUUUGAUUUAAGAAAUACAUGGAAUGAACACAACAAAUAUGGAACGAAUCUGAUGUAUGUGAGUGAUUUCGUAUUCAUAUUUUGCUUUUACAAGAAUGCUUGAUAAGAAGGAGCCAACCCCCUAAAAGGAGGACAAUGCCUCUUAUUUAUAGUGUUGCCUCAUGGGCUUCAUACAACAUAAAAAGUAAUAUAAUAAAGAAAAAGCUCUGAGUUGGAUUAGGUUGGGUUAGGUUGGCCGUACGAUCUGACACUCGUACGGUUAGCAGUUGAGCAUGACAGGACGUUAUCGACGCGUGGCAGACGCGCAACGGAUCUCCCGGACCAACGGCCUUAAUCAUCCGGACUAACGGCCGCGUCCAACCCGGCC